UUUGCGGUAUAUUAUCUUAACGAUAUACUUAUCUUCUCUAAGAUGAUAGACAAACACCAGAAGCACGUGAAAGCAGUGCUAGACGUGCUAUAUGUAUAUAAACUAUUAGUUAAUAAGGAAAAGAGCAAAUUCUACGUUAGGAAAACGGUGUUUUUAGGAUAUAAGAUAUCCCUAGGAUAA